UUUUCGAAUUUUCCUCAAUUUGAAGACCAUGACAAAGCCUAUUUUCUAAAUUUAGUGUAAAAUGAGGUGGUCAAUAGGUUAUUGGUGUGAUAUCGUCGGAUAAACUUGUUUGUUAGCCUAAUGGUGAAUAUUAAGUAAACUAAGUCUGACAACUGCUUUAGAAUUUAUCAGAAUUUGCUCAUUAGUAAAACAGUGAAAACUAAACAAAAAAUAAUGAAAUAUUGAGAGAACAUGCUCCAUCGCGAUGUCAGUGUUGGAUGUGUACACGGAGGAGGAGGGGGGGCGACUUUCAGAUGACAUUGACGCUAUGUAGAUGGGAGUUGAGAAUUGCGCUCCCCUCAACGUUUCAGGUUGUUGAUGUUAGACAGUCGCGAAGCGGCUGCUUCUCGUGUUGAUUUAGCCACCUCGUCAGCACCGCGCGCCGCUGGACAGCUCCCCGCAGCGGGAUAGGUGUGAGCUCUCCUCUAGGACACUUUUGGCGCUUGUUCCAAGUCUUUUAAUGGAAAAACAAUAUCUUUAUGUUCCAAGUAAAACUGGAAGUUUACAACUUCAGAGGGAAUCUACGGAUACCUCGUUUCGAGAUUUGUGGCAGACAGCACAUCCUCGGUGGCAGAGAGCGCAGCUUCAUUGUUAACGGCAACAGACGAGCCGUGUCCCCAUAGCCUUCACCUGCUUCCAAACAUUUGGUUAAGAGGUUUUCCAAAAACCGCGAAGCUGCUGUCUGCGUGGACUGGUGCUGAAGCUCCCCUUUCAAAGGCCAGGACCACUACCAAAUCGAGAGACAUGGCGACGAACGGCACCAAAACGGAUGGACAAGUAACAGAACUUAACGAAGUGGCAACUAAUGACAAACCCAAGUCACUGGACGUGAAAGGGGAAAAGACGAAAAAGGAUCUUCCCGAAAGAGAAACAUGGGGAGGGAGAUUCGAUUUCCUUCUGUCCUGUGUAGGUUAUGCAAUUGGACUGGGCAACGUAUGGAGAUUUCCAUAUCUCUGUGGAAAAAACGGUGGAGGAGCCUUCUUGAUCCCCUAUUUUUUGACACUCAUAUUUGCUGGGAUGCCCCUGUUCCUGCUGGAGACCGCUCUUGGUCAGUACACCUCAAUUGGUGGGCUUGGCGUCUGGAAACUGGCUCCUGUGUUCAAAGGUGUUGGCCUUGCAGCAGCUGUCCUGGCCUUCUGGCUUAACAUUUAUUACAUUGUCAUCAUUGCCUGGGCCAUUUACUAUCUCUACAACUCCUUUACCACUGAACUUCCAUGGAGCUCAUGUGGCAAUCCAUGGAACACAGAAAAGUGUUACUCAAACUACAGUAUAGUUGAUAACACCAAUCUUACCAGUGCGGUGAUGGAGUUUUGGGAGCGCAACAUGCAUCAAAUGACCGAUGGCUUGGAAAAACCAGGGCAGAUCCGAGCACCACUGGCAAUAACACUGGCCAUCGCUUGGGUCCUAGUGUACUUCUGUAUCUGGAAAGGGGUGAGCUGGACUGGCAAGGUUGUGUACUUCUCAGCCACGUACCCCUAUUUCAUGCUUUUCAUUCUGUUCUGCCGUGGAGUGACUCUACCUGGUGCUAUGGAUGGAAUUCUCUUCUAUAUCACCCCUAACUUUGAAAAACUAAAAGAAUCUGAGGUAUGGCUGGAUGCUGCCACUCAGAUAUUUUUCUCCUACGGUUUGGGACUGGGCUCACUGAUAGCUCUUGGCAGCUAUAACCCUUUUAAUAAUAAUGUUUACAGAGACUCUAUCAUAGUGUGCUGCAUCAACUCCUUCACCAGCAUGUUUGCGGGCCUUGUCAUCUUCUCUAUUGUGGGCUUCAUGGCGAAUGUGACUAACAGGCCCAUACAAGAAGUCGCAGCUUCAGGUCCAGGCCUGGCUUUUCUGGCGUACCCUGAGGCUGUGACCCAGCUGCCUAUUUCUCCUCUCUGGGCUAUCCUGUUCUUCUCAAUGCUGCUGAUGCUGGGGAUUGACAGUCAGUUCUGCACAGUGGAGGGCUUUAUAACAGCUCUGGUGGAUGAGUUUCCCAGGGCACUGAGGGGCAGGAGAGAGCUCUUUAUCGCUGCUGUCUGCCUGGUCUCCUACUUGAUCGGCCUGUCCAACAUCACACAGGGAGGCCUGUACGUGUUCAAGCUCUUCGACUACUACUCUGCCAGUGGGAUGUGUCUGCUCUUCCUGGUCUUCUUCGAGUGCAUCUCCAUAUCCUGGUUCUAUGGUGUGAACAAGUUCUAUGACAACAUCCAGGAGAUGAUUGGCUACAAGCCCUGUAUAUGGUGGAAGCUGUGCUGGGUCUGUUUCACCCCUCUCAUUGUGGCCGGGGUGUUCCUGUUCAGUGCAGUCCAAAUGGUUCCUCUCACCUUGAACAACUAUGUGUUCCCCGCCUGGGGCCAGGGAGUGGGCUGGCUCAUGGCUCUGUCCUCCAUGGUCCUCAUUCCUGGUUACAUGGUCUACAUGUAUCUCGGACUCAAGGGCACCUGGAAAGAGCGCCUGCAGAUAAUGUUUCAGCCUCCUGCAGUGGUCCGACGGCCACAGGAGAAUGGGCCUGAGACAGUGGUUACGGAGACCAACAUAGCUAGUCCUUCUAACCCGGCCAACCCAGAUAGCCCUGCCAACCCAGAUAGUCCUGCCAUCCCGGCUAGUCCUGCCAACCCAACUGCUACAAGCCCGGUUGCUGCAGCCCCGGCCAGCCCAACACCUCCAGCCAUUCCAGCUACUCUGGCUAGCCCUGUGAACCCAACCAGUCCGACCGUCCCAACCGUCCCUACCGUCCCUAUCAUUCCAGCCAACCCAACCAGCCCUACCAGCCCACCACCCAAUCCAGUUAGCCCAAUGCCAACGGAGCCAGCCAUCACACCACCCAACAUAGCGAGCUCAACCAACUUAACCAACCUUACCAACCUAACCAACGCAGAGGCCAAUGUCUAGACAAGGCACAACCCUCAUGGAGAAAGUGUAGUCAACAGCGAACAUUACCAAGGACUUCCAAGAUUUUAAUUGAUUCACCUACCUCCAUCUGCAAUAUCUGAUCAAACCAGAUUGAAAAAUCAUGUUUAAUUUUUCUGCAUUUGUAAAGCCAACCUGGUAAUGUUUUUUUUUAUUGGUAUGCAUUACAAUUACAAAAAUCAAAGACUGUUAGUGUUCACAAAAUCUACUGUAAUCUGGGGAAGAAAAAAAAAUGUAAGCAUACUGUGUAAUACUGUGAGAGAGAAAAAACGAUUGAAAAUAUAGAAUAGCAAUUUGUUGAAUAUCUUCAUGAACCAAGUAAAUACAGUGUGACUAUAGUAGAGAUGAAGUUCUAGUGAACGAAAUGGUCACCAUGGGAGAGUGCAAGGGACGGGGUCAAAUUAUUGUGGUUGUUUACUAAGCCUUACUUGCACUCUGUGGGGCUGAUUACAGGCCACAUGGCAAUGAGGGAACUCUGAUGAAGAAGCACAAUGCCAAUAAGAAGUUUAAAGUCUAUGAACCCUGGAUUUAUCCAGUAUAUCUGUUGCAAAAUAUUUUCUGUGUGAGAGAGACUGUUAUUCUAUCUUUUUUUUUUGUAUUUUUUUUUUUACUUUAAUGUGAUUUAAACCUUUUUAGAAUUAUUUUUAGAAUGUUUUCUACUAUAAGUGUUGUGACCGAGGACCAAAAUUGUAGGCAGAUGAAAGCAAAAAUGAUCUAUGCCAUGCAGUGUUCAGUUUGCGAAGCACAGGGUAUCAAAAACGUACAUAAAAUGCAAAAGCACAGGGUAUAGAAAAGUGAUUUACAAACAUUGACUAUCCCUUAAUGCUGACAGUCAAUCCUGUUUACUUUUUUUGCAUGCUUUCCUCAGUAACAUCAGAGAAAAUUCCAAAAUGUCUCCUGACAGAUCUAAAACGAGAAUAGAGAAGGGUUUAAGCCAGUUAUCAACCAAUUUAUACCAAGCCAUAGUCUGUUUGCAUGACUCGGCUGAUCUCCAGAAUAUCACUUUGUACGCUAGCAAACAAUAUUGGACCAACUCUAUGUUUAAAGAUAGUCCUUUUUUGUUCACUCUUAUGUGUAAUGAUCAAUUAUAGUUUGAUCAAUAUGUAUUCAGCAAUACAUAUGUAGAUGUAUAGGUGCAGGCCAGUAGAAGAGUGGUCUGUUUCUAAUUUUCUUUUCGUUGUCUUUGCUUUACUAGUGAAAAGCACAAAGCUUUAUCUUUUGCCAUGGUAUGUUAAGACAAUGCUAGUUUGCUUCUAUGGCAGCUACAGUGAAAAGCAUUUGAUCCAACAAAACAAGUUUACUUUGAAAAGCAAAACAACUAAGUGAAAAUGUGAAAUGGCUACAGUUCAUGUCCUGUCACUUUUGUAUAAAGUUACUCUACCACAGUUUUCUCUGGAACCUUGUUGUAAAACUGUACUGUGUAAAACACGUAACUGUGAAUGUUUGUAAUACAUUGGAAGUUAUUGUCUAAAUGUUGAAAAAAUUCUAAAGGAGUUGCUGUUUUCUGCAAUAAUAUUUUCACAGAAACUAAAGCACAUAUCUAACAGAAAUAUACAAAAUUAUGAUGACAAUGAAGACAUUGACGAUUAUGUUAAAAAUAGAAACUAUGUCUAGUAAAAAAUGAUAUUGUUUUGUAUAUUUUUAACUGUCUCACUGCCUAAGGUACAACAUAAUAUUAACAUGAUAUGUAUUUAAAUGGUGUCAUAUGAUAAAGCACGAUUGUCAUGUUAUACAAAAAGAAAAAAUCAGAAAAAAUAAAGAAUUAUA